AAAUUCAUCAAGCAACAAUCAACAUGUCUGGACGUGGUAAAGGAGGAAAGGGACUCGGAAAGGGAGGCGCCAAGCGUCAUCGCAAGGUCUUGCGUGAUAACAUCCAAGGAAUCACCAAGCCAGCUAUCCGUCGUCUUGCCCGCCGUGGUGGUGUCAAGCGUAUCAGCGGUCUCAUCUACGAAGAGACCCGUGGUGUUCUCAAGGUUUUCCUCGAGAACGUCAUCCGCGAUGCCGUCACCUACUGCGAGCACGCAAAGAGGAAGACCGUCACUGCCAUGGAUGUCGUCUACGCCCUCAAGAGGCAGGGACGUACCCUCUACGGAUUCGGAGCGGCCUCCAGUGUAUGAAAAACAACAACACAGAUUAUGACGAGUUGGGCGAGGAUGGAUGUAGUGACAAACUGGAGUUAGUGAAAACGGCGCAUCUUGAAUAAUGACUGUCGCAAAAUCAGUUUGGAUUCUAUAUCAUGUUCAGUAUAGUCUAGCUAUCCUUGCCUGACAUGUCAUUCAUUGACCUCAACAUCGUUUCGAUUUUCGACGACAGGCGCACUGAUCCACUCAGAGAGCAAAUUCGCCCGCCUCUAGCUUCCGACAGUUCGGAGGGGGCGGGGGGGGGGGCAACCCCUGCAUUAUUCUUCGCCCAUCCAAAGCUAACAUCGAUGACGUCAGUGGGAUUUUAAAUAAUUUCCCUCAUGCGUUCUUCAAAAUAAUAGUGUCAUAUUUUUCUUUGAAAGUCUAAGAACAAUGAACCUGUUGAUUUUUCCUUUUUUUCGAUGCAUGUUUGCCCCUUAUCAUUCAGUGUGGGGCUCAAAAUCUAUACAAUUUUAAUUCUUGAUGUUGAACAACUGGUGGAAGAUGUGAAAAUAUCUAUAAAGGGAAUUUCGAAAAACAGAAUUAAAUAAAGAGAUAUGAUUAUAAUUAUCAGCGGUUAGGGGGCAACCACCCCCAUAAUUUUUCUAGAAGUGAAAAUAGGAGAAGAAAACGGAAAAUGACACUUUUAAAUAAGGAAGUAAGGAACUAUAUAAUUUAGUUGAGAAAAUAUGACAUUACUUGUCUUACGCCCCCUCCCCCAUAAAAUAUCCAGCAGCGUUAUGUUGCUUACAAUGAAGAUAAAGUUUUUUGUGGAUUUACAAUAAAAAUACUGAUUUCCUAGAUAAAUUCUUGUGAUGAGGAGUAAUUUUUUCUUAUUUUUUCCUAUUUGUUUUAAUUUCAUCUUAUAAGACAAUCGCAACAAUUUAGAUUAUAUUAUUAUAGUCGUUGUAUACAGUUUUACUGUUAUGUGUGUGAUGCUAGAAAAAUUUUCUAAGAGUAUUGUUUGGGGAUAGUUUUCAUUAUUUUUUUGUGUGAUUGUUAU